UCACCAAUCAGUAGCAAACAAUCAAUCAGUUUGCAGUCGGUCACUGUUUGUGGAUAACGGUAUUUCCUGAAUGGCCAAACCCCGGUUGUGUGGCACGAUGAUAUCCCAUAACAGUCGACCUUUGGCGGGAACUCCAGAGCUAGCCGACAAGCUAUUUUAGCGACAGCUCAGGACAUAGUAAAUUGGUUUAGAAAAUUAUGUACAUUCUUCUUUGGAAAUGUAUCACUUGGUUACUUUAAAUUUCAGUAAUUACCCUUAGUUAAUCCUUACAGUUGUUGAAAGCUGUUGACAGCUAGCUGGCAAGAAAUUUAAGCGCUUAUGGACGACGAUAGCCUAAAUUCGGUGCAUGGAAGCAGCCGGAUGGACAGACCGAAGGAGGCUGCGCUACUGGCCUUAAUGGAGAAGUCAGGCUACAGCAUGGUACAAGAGAACGGCCAAAGGAAAUUCGGUGGGCCACCUCCAGGGUGGGAGGGGCCCCCGCCGCCACGCGGCUGCGAGGUCUUCGUGGGGAAGAUCCCGCGAGACAUGUACGAGGACGAGCUGGUGCCCGUCUUCGAGAGGGCCGGGCGGAUCUACGAGUUCCGGCUGAUGAUGGAGUUCAGCGGGGAGAACCGGGGCUACGCCUUCGUCAUGUACACCACCAAGGAGGCGGCGCAGCGCGCCAUCCAGCUCCUGGACAACUUCGAGAUCCGCCCGGGCAAGCCCAUCGGCGUCUGCGUCAGCCUGGACAACUGCCGCCUCUUCAUCGGCUCGGUGCCCAAGGAGAAGCGGAAGGAGGAGAUCCUGGAGGAGAUGAGGAAGGUGACAGAGGGCGUGGUGGACGUCAUCGUCUACCCCAGCGCCACCGACAAGAGCAAGAACCGCGGCUUCGCCUUCGUGGAGUACGAGUCCCACAAAGCGGCGGCCAUGGCCAGGAGGAAGCUCAUCCCAGGCACUUUCCAGCUCUGGGGCCACGCCAUCCAGGUGGACUGGGCGGAGCCGGAGAAGGACGUGGACGAGGAGACCAUGCAGCGCGUGCGCGUCCUCUACGUGCGCAACCUGAUGAUCUCCACCACGGAGGACACCAUCCGCCGCGAGUUCGGCAAGUUCAAGCCGGGCGCGGUGGAGCGGGUGAAGAAGCUGACGGACUACGCCUUCGUGCACUUCUACCGGCGUGGCGACGCCGUGGACGCCCUGCGCGCCAUGAACGGCAAGGCCAUCGACGGCUCGGCCAUCGAGGUCACGCUGGCCAAGCCCGUCAGCAAGGACGCGGGCCGCCGCUUCGGCCAGAGGGGCCACGGCCGGGGCCCCUACGGCGACGGCGUCCUCCUCCCGGGCAAGGAGGAGGCCGGCGACGGGCCCGCCGGCCCCCGGCCCCCGGGCCUGGCCGGCCGGCUGGGCGGGGCCUACGUCCCGGACGUGGAGCGCUGCGUCUACCCCUUCUUCCCGGGCUCGGCCCUCAUGCCCGUCAGCAUGCAGUCCCUGAAGCCCGGCCAGUUCUGCUCGGCCGUCACCCACCUGGAGUACUACUGCAACAAGAACAACUGGGCCCCGCCCGAGUACUACCUGUACUCCACCAGCGGCCAGGACGGCAAGCUGCUGCUCAUCUACAAGGUGGUCAUCCCCAGCACGCGCAGCAGCUUCAUGCCCGACAAGGUCUGCACCAUCCUGGAGGACGCCAAGGAGGUGGCGGCGCAGAACACGCUCUGGAGUCUAGACUGCACGUUCCACGGGCCCGGGUCCCCCGGCGGCCUGUCGCCCCCGGCGACCUCCGGCACCGGCCUGCUCUCCUACGGCUGCCGCACCUGCCCCUACCCGGGAUACCCUCUCUCCCCGCCCCUGCCGCUGGCCGGCGGCAACGGGCAGAGGGUCUACAUCUCCAACCAGUCCGCCUUCAUCUAGCCCCGGGCCCCACGGCGGCCGCUGGAGGAGGGUAAACCGUCCCGCUCGGCUCUGCGCGCGCACGCCGUUUCGGUUCGACCGAUUCCAGUGCGUUUAAUGCGACCGUUUGCAUGCGCGCUAUUUGGAAAAAAAAAAAAAAAAACGUUAGCCCCAGCGGUAGGCUACACACGUAAUUCUGCACCGCACUAGAGUGGAACGGUUCCGUCCGGGUAUAAAUGAAAUUGAGCCAAUUAAACAGUCGGGCACGUGGUGCUACUCCAGCAAAUGCACUUUUGUACAUUCAAAAUCCGCCCGACUGGCUUAAAUCCAAACAGGAAUGAAUUGAUUGAAAUUGUGUCAGCAAAUAUAUAUUUCAUUUUAAGGGCCAGCUCUUUUCACUUCAUAAGAAAUUGUUUAAAAAUAAAAUAGUGACUUACCAGCUGGGCUCUCCCACAUAACAAAUUUUAGCUAUUGGUAAUAAUGACAGUGCUUAACAUUGCCUUCAAAAUAACUCUAAAAUAACAUAAUUGUUGAAAAAUACACACUUCCUUGUAUAUGCCUAAAUUAUAUGCUUAAAUUAUUUGUUUUCAUUUAACUGUUUUACUAGAGAAUUUACCUGUAACCCAUGCAUUUAGGUUUUUGCGUGGAGAGUUGACCAUAUUAAUUUUUUCAGGAAGGCUCUGGGUAAGAUCCAGUUUGACUGUAUAAAUGUUCAGGUUUUGUCCUUGUGUAUGUUUUGCUAUAUGUUGUGCAGAAUAUAUUUCUGAUGAAUGUGGCAGUAGGUCAUCAAAUUACCUUUUGAAAUCAAGUGAGCAAAUCCAAAAUAUAUAAUCUAUAUAUAAAUAAAAUCAGAAAAAGCAUUUUAUUAAACACUAAUUUAUAAUACUAAAAUGACUAUAUUUAUUUAAUCAUUUAAUUCCAUAUAUAUAUAUUAAAAUUGACCCCUGCAGUAUUAAUAUAGCAUUAAAAUAUUGACCCCACUUCUCUCACCAUCUUACGAUGUUUUUACUGCAUUAUUUACUUUUGAAUAUUAUUAUUUUUUUGUGUGUAUUUUUUUAAUGAUACCAUUCGGAUGGAGAAUGUUGCUGGUUAAAUAAUAGCAUUACAUUCUGUGAACCCAUAGUAAGACAGUCUCUGCUACUAUUACCAAAAAUAUUGUUCAUGAUUCUGCAACAGAAAUAUCCCAGAGUUGAAGUUCAAGUUUGAGGCCUGGGGGACUCCAUAUUUCUCAUUCAAACCAAAUGGGAUAGCAGUUCCUUUUAUGGGGUUCUUAGGUGUGCAUGCACAGUGCAUUAUAACGUGCUACACGGGACUACAUGACAGGAUCUUUCAUUCUUCAAUAUCUUUUAUGGAUAUUCACACUGUAGCUACUUCCGGGUUAAUGUGUUCAUGGCCCCUGAGCGACUAUUGAGCACUCAUAUCAACAAAUCUGUGUAGACAGUCUCAGUCAUAAUGAAUGAAUAUUGUUUCGUAGUCGAUAUAGCACUCGAUAAGGCAUUGUGAGUGACUCCAUAUUUUGACCCAGAAAUGCAUUGAAUUGUUGGAUAAUGUUCACAAGAUUUUGUGAUCUUUUUACUGAAAGAAAAAAAAAUGUUAUGAUGUACAUUACCGUAAGUUUUUUUUUUGCUUUUUCUCUGCAUGUUUACUGCUGUGUUUAGAGUAGUUGUUUAGAAGUGGUGCUCACAGGGUAGUUGUUAGACAUUUUGAAACAUUGUCAUUUCAUUUAUUCCCAGUUUUUGUGUACAUUUUGUUCCCAGUUCUCACACUCAGGGCCAGAUUCACAUAUGACUGAUGGGAUGUUAUUUUGAAGGAGCUAAGCUGAUUGUUGAUUAAAGCCAGAGCUGGAAAUCUGUUUUGUUAUCUCAUAUGUCCCCCCUCUUCCCUGUCUUGGUAGGUAAAUGUUAAUAGCUGAUUCAAGAUAUAAUAUGUCAGUGGAUGGUAUAAAUAAACAGCGGCAAUUUAAUGCAAAGGCUCGUCGCAGAAACAAGACUUUGGCCGCCGUCCAAGUGUAGAUGAGCUCGCGUUCUGCGCACAUUCGAGAGCGUUUGUCAUUUCUUUAAUGGAUAGUCGGAUGUCUGCCGUGUUAUCUGUUAGCGCCUAGCGUCUGGGCUGCCUUUAUCGUCGCAGCUCGCUCCGUCCCAUCCAUAUAUUUAGAAAACUGGCAGGCCCUCAAAAGUUUUAAUUCACACAUACAGAUGUAAGGAUGUGAUAGUACCAUGUAUGAAUGCUAAUGCAUCACAUGACGUCUCCCUCUGGCGUGAUUUGAAUAUGGCGUUUCAGAAUUACAGCUACCAAACGACGAAGCGAGUCGCUUCGACCUUAAUGUCUGAUUAGUGGAGGUGGUCUUUGCUGUGACUUCAAAGAUAUAUAAAAGAAAUAUAUCACUCUUGGAUGUCAGGCCUGGCUUUAACCAUUAAUCUGAAUUCCUUGUAUGAUAAGCAACUUUUGCCUUUCUGUGAAACUGUACCUUUUAUCCUCCUAUUAAAGCAAUAGGAUUGUUGCAGUUUUUGCACUCUUUUGGCUACUGUUAAAUAUAUUAGUUAAAUUGACACCAACUGUACAAUAAAUGGUAAGGCCACAUUUGUUGAUGGUGUUUGUUCUGUAGAGGGGCUUUUUUUUGUUGUUGACAAAGUAGCUUAGAGCAUUCAUGCAGUCUGGUCUGUUAUUUAUCACAAGUUGAUUUAGUGCAUUGAAGGUUUUUUUUAUUUUAUUUAUUUUUUUAAUUUGUGUUUGUCAUUGUCUCGUUUAUGCAUGGAAGCGCACUGCUGAUCAGCUUGUGUCAUGUGAGUUAAAAUGGACCUUUAUUUUUCCUCAUGUACAGUUGUGUAAUACUGUUUCGGUAGU